AUGGACGACGUCUUUUCUGUUUCGUUUUGGGGGAAAGUUGGACAUUACAUUUAUGAUGUUCAGGCAUCGAUUUCGGUGACGUCGGGACCCUCCCAUCCUGCCUCCCUGGCCACGCCCCUGGGUGGGCCCCUGGUGGGUGGGACAGGCCUGCCGGAAGGCCACGCCCCCUCUCAUGCCGCUCCCGGUUCCCACGCUACCGGAACCGGAAGUAGGCACGGCCGGAAGCAGGCCAUCUUGGCCUGCAGGGUCUCCCGGCACCGGGACCCACCGGCAAGGGAGAGGCUCCGCGCCAUAGCCCGCCCUGCCUCAUCCUCGGAAGAGGAUGAGGACAGUGACAACCCCUGGCCCACAGCCAAGCCGGGGGAGGGCUGGGCCCGGAUCCGGGCCGAGGCCAUUAAGGAUGGGGACCUAGAUCUCUAUGAUCUCAGGGAGGUGUUAGGAGAUGGCGCAGAGGGACUUGAAGCUUUGGCAGAGGAGGGGGAAUUUAGCAGACCUGAGGACCAAAUUCUCCUUCCCGAGAAUUUGUUAAGUGACAUAAGGGACGCUGGGAAGGAGGCACUGCUGAAAAUCCCCGAUGGUACCACCCCUCUCCAAAACUUUUCAUCAGUUCUUCAAGGCCCUGAUGAAACUUUUAUCAAGUUUGUGGACAGGUUAAAGGAGGCCAUCUACAGGCAGAUUGAGAACAUCGAGGCCCGAGAAGAACUUCUGCGAAAGAUGGCCCUGACCAAUGCCAACCCGGAGACCAAGAAGAUCCUGAGGGCUCUUCCCCAGGAUCCGGAGCCUACCAUCGCUAAGAUGGUAGAGGCGUGCACCAAGGCGACUUCGAUGGAGCAAACAGUGGCAUUUGCGGGAAAGUCCAUCUCACUAGACCUGAUGGCAGACACCGGCGCGGAUGUUACCAUCAUUCCCCAAGCAGAGUGGCCUCGCGACUGGGAACUGGUGUCCCCUUGUGGCACAAUCUCCGGCGUGGGAGGUGCUGUCAAUUCCCGCCGGAGCAAACAUCUGGCGCUCAAUGAACUUGUGGAGGAGCAGGUGCGCCUCGGGCAUUUAAUACCUUCCGCCAGCCCCUGGAACACACCUGUCUUUGUGAUUAAGAAACCCGGCAAAGACAGGUGGCGCCUGCUCCAAGACCUACGCAGGGUUAAUGAUGUCCUCGAAGAUAUGGGCCCCUUGCAACCAGGCCUUCCCUCUCCCUCCAUGCUGCCCCGGGAUUGGCAGCUUGCAAUCCUUGACAUCAAGGAUUGCUUCUUUAACAUCCCUUUGUAUCCCGGAGAUGCUCCCAGAUUCACCUUCUCGGUUCCCUCCAUCAACCGAGGAGAGCCAUAUAAACGCUAUCAGUGGACCACUCUGCCCCAGGGAUUGAAAAAUUCCCCUGUGCUCUGCCAAACUUUUGUGGCUCAGGUCCUUUCCCCGGUCCGUCGCCUCUUUCCUGAGGCAAUCUUUUUGCACUACAUGGACGACAUUUUAAUUUGCGCCGCUGACACGACCUACUUGAAAGCGGCCUUGGAAAAGACAAUAAAGACCAUCAAGGACUCAGGAUUCCAAAUUGCGGAGGAGAAGAUCCAGCUGUCAUCCCCCUGGAAAUAUUUGGGCUUCCUGAUCACGGGAAGGACCGUCGCGCCCCAGUCCCUCACCAUCAAGGACAACCCUCAAACCCUGCGGGACUUGCAGCAGCUCUGCGGCACCAUCACGUGGAUCCGACCGCUCCUAGGACUCACCACAGAGGAGCUGUCGCCGCUGUUCCAACUGCUGAAAGGCGACGGCGACCUGGCAUCCCCACGCCAUCUCACCCCGGAUGCCCGUGAGGCCCUGGAGAGAGUCGCAGCUGCCAUCAAGUCCCGCCAGGCACAUCGGGUCGUGCGGUCCCUCCCCAUCAACUGUGCCAUCUUAGUUCUAAGACCCACCUUGCCAGAUGUCCACAUGCAGGCUAGGAUGAGCCACGCCUUUUUCCACCAGAAUGCUCCGGCACUUUGCCGUCAGUUCAAAAUCUCCAAGGAGCAGGCGCGGGCCAUCUUAGCCACCUGCCCCAAUUGCCAAUCCCACGCCUUACCAUCCUUAGCAACGGGGGUUAACCCCCGGGAAUUGGGGGCAUUGGAAACCUGGCAAACAGACAUAACACACUUUCCCUCCUUUGGGCGGCUGAAGUACAUCCAUGUGUCUGUAGACACGUUCUCGGGGGCAGUGUUUGCCUCCACCCACACGGGGGAAAAAACAAAGGAUAUCAUCAAACACUUAUACAUGGCUUUCUCCACCUUGGGUGUCCCUAAAACUAUCAAAACAGAUAAUGGACCAGGGUUUGUGUCCAAACAAUUCAUGGAAUUCGUGCAACAAUGGGGCAUUGACCAUAUUACAGGUAUCCCACACAACCCUACAGGACAAUCAAUUGUGGAGAGAAAACAUCAAGAAAUUAAAAAACUACUAGAGCAGCAAAACGAUUCGGCCCUUACCACAAGCCCUGUAGAGGGGUUGUGCAAAGCCCUAUAUGUUCUCAAUUUCAUGAACUGUUCAGACCGCGAGCCAAACCCCCCGAUACUACGCCACUUUCACAAUAACACCAGGGCGCAGUUGAAAGAAAGACCACCAGUGCUCGUUAAAGACCUUGAGUCCAGGAACAUCAAAGGGAUGAAACUCAACCCGGCGGACUCCUGGAUGAGUUGGAUGAGGACACUACCACAGGCACCACAGGAACCCCAGGAAUUGGACCUACUGGGGUCCACAAGGGUCCACUUUUGUAUUCGGUUUUAUACUAAGGCCCCACAAACAAAACCAGGGCAAAACAUCAAAGACGUAACACCAGCAAAUAGAAAAUACAUCAAUGAGUGGUGCAAUUACACAAGCCCUGUGUUGUCCAAGUCCUACCCAUUCCCUAAGGAGCUCCCUCGGGGUGUGUUUCUCAUCUGUGGGGACAGGGCGUGGGCUGGGAUCCCCUCCAGUACCAAAGGGGGUCCCUGUAGCCUUGGCAAGCUUACGACGCUAACCCCCAAUAAAACCCAAAUUCUGGAUUGGAAGAAGAAAAGUCAAUUGGCACGCAAAAAGCGAUCGUAUGGUGAAUUUGACCCAAAUUGUGAUUCAGAAAUUUAUGAUUGGAGUGAGGGAAAGAGGGUCGCCGCUUCUAUUUUUCUACCAUGGUACGCGGCAGCGAAAGCCCUCGGUGAGAUUUCUCACCUGGGGUGUUGGAUGAGUAAGCAGGCCAACGCUACGUCUGCCGCAUUGUCAGACCUCUUGGCAGAAGAAGAGACCACCAGGCACGCCACCUUACAGAACAGAGCGGCCAUUGAUUUUCUGCUGCUCGCCCAUGGCCAUAGCUGCGAGGACUUUGAAGGGAUGUGCUGCUUCAAUGUGACAUCGAAGAGCACAUCCAUCCAAGCCAACAUCCAGCGGAUCCAGGUGUUAGUCAAAGACUUAAAGACUGAAACCAGGGCUGUGGAUGCGGUGAACAAGACCUUCUCCCAGUGGGGUGUUCCUGGGUGGGCCGUGCCAAUCGUUAAAGGUUUAAUUUGGAUUUUGAUUAUUAUUUUCUUAAUUUCUGUAGCCUCAACUAUCUUUAAGAAAAUGAUCGGCCCAGGCUGCGGGACACGCCCGGGGGUGCCUGGCUGGAAAGCAGCUCUGGGUCCUGACAAGGAGCUGUGGGCAAGGAGCUGCCAGGCCGUGCUGGGCCAGCCCCUAACGCUGCCGCUCAGAAAGGAAGAGGAGGAGGAAGCUGACAAAUGA